AGGGAGGAAACUCUACUUCUAGCUGUUUGACGCAGUCAUUCCUGGAUGUCCUGUUGACCUGUGUCACCGUUGGCCAAACUCCAGCAGCUUUGGAAACUCAGUAACGUCACUGCAUGCAAAAUGUGGUCCCAGCAGAGACUGUGAGGGAGGGAUGCCGUUCAGUGACAGGCUGAAAGCUUAGGUCACUGAACAGGUGGAAGACACAGAUGAGGUAAGGUGACAUAGACACACAUGCAUUUGUAGCAAUAUUUUACUAUUUGUGUCUUUUCGAAGGAAGUGUAAAAAUGUUGUUCAUGUUUAGACUUGUAAAUGAAUUUCCUCAAACAUAUUCAAAACUGUGUAUAUCAUGGUAAACAUUUCCUUGUUGUACAAGCACAUGUUGGACUCAUGGAGCAGAUUAACCACUUCUGCUCCGCUCUGGACACAAAGAUGGACACUACAGAUGAAAACCACACAGAGGGGGUGAAGACAGAGAGAAAGAACGAGCAAACUUGGGAGAGUGACUCUUGUACCAGACUAUCAGAUGAAACACACCAGCAUCUGUCGAUCAGCGAAGGGCCGUCCAGCAGCUGCAGGGGGGUCAGAGUGAGAUCCAGACCCAAACUUCACUCGACAAAAAGCUUCCCCCCUUACAGUCAGUGUAUAGGUGGACUAGGAGAGGACGGCGAGUGGGACGACGAGGAAGACUCAGAGUCUGGCAUGGUUCUCCAGCCAAAUGUGAGGGAAAAAAUUCAAAACACAGAAAGGAAAAAAGAGUUGACCUCAAGAUGGGCAAGAGAUGGAAUGAAGGCAAAAUGGAGGUGGAGGAGGACGGAGAGGUUGGGGGGAAGCUAUGAGGGAGACACAGAUGGCUGGGACAGAGGAAGGUGGAGCGGGAAAAGAAGAGUGGAAGAGGCUGGAAAAGGAAAGGGGCAUGAAGACGAGCAGAGUGGGGAUGGUGAGGGGAAACACUGGAGAGGUAGAAAGUCAAGUUUUGAGAAAGGGAGGAAUAAAGAAGAGGUAGAAGAGAGGGGGAGCUCUUCAGCUGUCGAGGGUGAGGACAGGGGGGAGACCCGUGAGGGGGAGGACGAGGAGACCGAGGAUCUGCCAGGACUGACAGGGGGCUCAACAACACAUCAGUGGUCCUCCCCACAUCCAAUCCUCUCCAAGCUGCUGCACUCCUCGUCCAGCUCCUCCUGCUCCUCCAUCAACUUCUCCUCAGCAGAGAGCGAUGAGGUCUUCAGCGAAGGAGAGGAUGCUGCGUCGAAGAGGAAGACUUUCAGGAAGUGUCACUCCUGGAAAACCUUCCUGACCAUGAUGCACUGGUCGCUGGCCCGACAGAGCUCCUGGGUCCAGCUGGCAGGACAUCAAGGCAUGUGUGUUACACUUCACCCAAAACAGACGCAUAGAGGGACUCAGAAACUACAGCGAUCACAUUUCCAAAGGAUAUAAUGUAAAGAUAGACUGAUCUCUAAAUGAUUAAGGUUUCUGUGUGCAAAU